UCCAGGGCUGCCUAUAAAAAGGAGGGAAGAUGGUUCAGAUCCCAGAAGGAGCCAGCAGGAGUGAAUCCCCAAGCUGCCACACUCCCCUGCCCGUCCAGCAUCAUGAAGGGUCUCACGGCUGGUCUCCUUAUCCUCCUCUGCACCGUGGUCCUCACCAGGAGCCAAGACAGAGCCCCCAACCCAGGCGCCUGCUGCUGGACCUUGGUCUCCCGGGUAAUCCCCCUACAAUUUGUGGUCUCUUAUCGUGACACUGGCAGCUCUUGCCCCAAGCGUGCUAUCAUCUUCACCACAAAAAAGGGGCUGCACAUCUGUGCCAAUCCCGAGGAUGCCUGGGUUCAGAGAUACAUCAAGCUCCUGGACCAGAACUCCUGAGGGGUCCAGCAGAAACCAGUGGAAGGCGUGGGUAGACUGGGAACAUCUCUGAAACCCCCGAAGUCCUUUCUUCUUUGGGUACCUUCCCUCUCCACUAACCGUAUGCUGAAAUCUUUCUUAACUUUAACUUAGGCUACUUAAAUAUUGUAAUUCACUUUAUCCACUUAACGUUUUCUCCCAGCAUACAGUAGUAGACUCAUGCUUUGGUGGUAAGGAACGACUGUGCCCCUCUCUCUAGGUAGACUUCAGCCCAAAUCCAUCCGCACAUGCUUACUGAGUUUUUAUGAGCCCCUGACUCUGUUAAAAAUGUCAGAAAAAUAAAGAUUCUUUUUGUUUUCUGA